GCAACCUGCGGCCCCUGGGGGGCACUCGUCCCAAGGCCAGGUUCAUGGGAAAUUCUCGGUGAUAGAAGCAGAAGAGCAGGUGCUCGGACAGCCCCUUACACUCAUUCCCACACUAAAUCCUCCCGACAGCCCUGUGGGCUCGGUGCUCUUCGUCUACCCGAGGCAGGCAGCGGGCAGGGGACUGGGGAGUGGUUCUGAUUGUCUCAUAGUGAACUUGGCUCAUGUCGUUCUCCUAGAGCCCCGGACCCAGGAGGCACAAAGAGCCCGAGGUGACCCCCAGGCAGCGAGACCCCCGCGGAAGGGCGCGAGACCUGCGGAGAGCUGCGCGGCCCCUCCGGCUGGGCUCCUGCUAGGAGGGAGCACCUGUGCUCGGGUGGCGGCUCAGAGGCAGCUGCUCCAUGCAGAGCUGAAGCUGGUCUUACAGCAGAAGGGGCAGAGGAAGCAGGAGCCGGGGGCCCCGGUGACUGCCAGCGGCGCCAUGGAGGCCAGGAGCCGGAGUGCUGAGGAGCUGAGGCGGGCGGAGCUGGUGGAGAUCAUUGUGGAGACAGAGGCGCAGACCGGAGUCAGCGGCAUCAACGUCGCGGGAGGCGGCAAAGAAGGAAUCUUCGUCCGCGACCUGCGCGCGGAUUCCCCGGCCGCCAGGAGCCUCAGCCUGCAGGAAGGGGACCAGCUGUUGAGCGCCCGCGUGUUCUUUGAGAAUGUCAAGUAUGAGGACGCACUGCGCCUGCUCCAAUGUGCCGAACCUUACAAGGUCUCCUUCUGCCUGAAGCGCACCGUGCCCACCGGGGACCUGGCGCUGCGGCCCGGCACCGUGGCCGGCUACGAGAUGAAGGGCCCGCGGGCCAAGGUGGCCAAGCUGAACAUCCAGACCCUGUCCCCUGUGAAGAAGAAGAAGAUGGUGAUCCCCGGGGCCCUUAGGGCCCCUGCAGACCUGGCCCCCGUUGACGUCGAGUUCUCCUUUCCCAAGUUCUCCCGUGUGCGCCGUGGUGUCCAAGCCGAGGCUGUGGAGGGUCCCGCCCCAGCAGCCCCAACGCGCCGGCGCCUCCAGCUGCCACGGCUGCGCGUGCGCGAAGUGGCCCAAGAGGCCCAGGCAGCUCGGCUGGCUGCCGCGGCUCCCCCACCCAGGAAGGCCAAGGUGGAGGCUGAGGGGGCAGCAGGAGCCCGCUUCACGGCCCCCCAGGUGGAGCUGGUUGGGCCCCGGCUGCCAGGUGCUGAGGUGGGUGUCCCGCAGGUCCCAGCUCCCAAAGCGGCCCCCUCAGCAGAGGCAGCCAGCGGCUUUGCCCUCCUGCCAACCCUUGGCCUGGGAGCCCCAGCUGCACCUGCUGUGGAGCCUCCGGCUGUGGGGCUCCAGGUCCCCCAGGUGGAGCUGCCCACCUUGCCCUCCCUGCCCACUCUGCCCACACUUCCUUGCCUGGAGGCCCGGGAAGGGGUUGCAGCAGUGACCGUGCCCACCUUGGAUGUGGCGGCACCUGCUGUGGGUGUGGACCUGGCCUUGCCAGGUGCAGAGGUGGAGGCCCGGGGAGAGCCGCCUGAGGUGGCCCUGAAGAUGCCCCGCCUCAGUUUCCCCCGCUUUGGGGCUCGAGCGAAGGACGUGGCCGAGGCCAAGGUGGCUAAGGGCAGCCCGGAGGCCAAGCCGAAGGGGCCCAGACUUCGAAUGCCCACCUUUGGGCUUUCCCUCCUGGAACCCCGGGCUGCUGCUCCUGAAGCCGCCGUCGAAAGCAAGCUGAAGCUGCCCACCCUCAAGAUGCCCACCCUCGGCAUCGGGGUGUCGGGGCCCGAGGUCAAGGUGCCCAAGGCGCCUGAAAUGAAGCUCCCCAAGGUGCCCGAGGUGGCCGUGCCCGAGGUGCGCCUCCCGGAGGUGCAGCUGCCAAAGGUGUCAGAGAUGAAGCUCCCCAAGGUGCCCGAGGUGGCCGUGCCCGAGGUGCGCCUCCCGGAAGUGCAGGUGGCGAGAGGUUCCAGAAAUGACUUUCCAGAGAUGAAGCUCCCCAAGGUGCCCGAGGUGGCCGUGCCCGAGGUGCGCCUCCCGGAAGUGCAGUUGCCGAAAGUUCCAGAAAUGAAACUUCCAGAAAUGAAACUCCCCAAGGUGCCCGAGGUGGCCGUGCCCGAGGUGCGCCUCCCGGAAGUGCAGCUGCCAAAGGUGUCAGAGAUGAAGCUCCCCAAGAUGCCCGAGGUGGCCGUGCCCGAGGUGCGCCUCCCGGAGGUGCAGCUCCCCAAAGUUCCAGAAAUGAAACUUCCAGAAAUGAAGCUCCCCAAGGUGCCCGAGGUGGCGGUGCCCGAGGUGCGCCUUCCGGAGGUGCAGCUGCCAAAGGUGUCAGAGAUGAAGCUCCCCAAGAUGCCCGAGGUGGCCGUGCCUGACCUGCACCUCCCAGAGGUGCAGCUGCCAAAGGUUCCAGAAAUGAAACUUCCAGAGAUGAAGCUCCCCAAGGUGCCCGAGGUGGCCGUGCCCGAGGUGCGCCUCCCGGAGGUGCAGCUGCCGAAGGUGUCAGAGAUGAAGCUCCCCAAGGUGCCCGAGGUGGCCGUCCCGGAGGUGUGUCUUCCACAGCCCCCACAGGUGGAGCUGCCCCAGGCCCCAGGGGUGCAGCUGAAAGCUGCCAGGCCAGAGCAGGCAGAAGGGAUGGAAUCUGGCUUCCGGAUGCCCAAGCUGGGGAGGGCAGAGUCCCCGACGCGAGGGAAGCCGGCCGAGGCAGGUGCCCGGCUUUCAGGGCCGCUGCUGGGGCUGCCCUGUCUGCAGCCGGAGGUGGGCGGAGAGGCUCGUGCGGGUGCCCCCUCGCUCACUCUGCCCUCGGUGGAGCUGGACCUGCCGGGGGCCCUCAGCCUGAAGGCGCCUCCCCAAGCCGAGCAGCCAGAGGGCGCCAGGGUGGUCGGCGAGGCGGGCUUCCGGGUGCCCUCUGUGGAGCUUGUUGCCCCGCAGCUGCCCGUGGCCGAGGCUGAGGAAGGGCGUCCAGAGGCGAUGGAGAUGAAAGCCAAGCCCUCCUCCAGGUUCUCCCUGCCCAAGUUUGGACUCUCGGGGCCAAAGGUGGCCAAGGUGGAGGCUGAGGGGGCGGGGCGCGCCUCCAAGCUGAAAGUGUCCAAGUUCGCCAUCUCCCUCCCCAAGGCUCGGGCGGGCACCGAGGCUGAGGCCAAAGGUGCCGGCGAGGCAGGCCUGCUGCCCGCCCUCGAUCUGUCCAUCCCGCAGCUCGGCCUGGACGGCCGACCGCCAGAGAGCAAGGUGGAGGUGGCAGGGGCUGACGGCAAGCUCAAAGGGUCCAGGUUUGCUCUGCCCAAGUUUGGGGUGAGAGGCCGGGACACCGAGGCAGGAGAACUAGCGCCGGGCGUGGUGGACCUGGAGGCCAAGGGCUGGGGCUGGGACGGGAAGGUGAAGGUGCCCAGGCUGAGGAUGCCGUCCUUCGGGCUGGCUCGAGGCAAGGAGGCCGAAGCCCAGGGUGGGCGUGGUGGCCCCGGGGAAAAGCCAGAGUCCAUUGCUGGGCAGCUCAAGAUCCCUGAGGUGGAGCUGGUCACCCUGGGGGCCCAGGAGGCAGCAGGGACAGAAGGGGCAGUGGCUGUCCCUGGAAUGUCUGUGACCACGACCAAGCAGGUGGUCACUGAAGGCCAUGAGGGGGAGCCGAGGAGGCCCCCACUGGGCAUCUCGCUGCCCCAGGUUGAGCUGACCAACUUUGGGGAGGCUCAGGCCGAGGGUACAGCCCCUUCAGCCCAGGGCACAGUAGGCCAUAAGAUCCAGGUGCCUCAAGUGAGCCUGGUACUCCCUGGCACCCAGGCGGCUGGUGGGGAGCUGCUGGUGGGUGAGGGCGUCUUCAAGAUGCCCACCGUGACCGUGCCGCAGCUCGAGCUGGACGUGGGGCUGGGCCAUGAGGUGCAGGCGGCCGAGGCAGCCACCGGCGAGGGUGGCCUGGGGCUGAAGUCGUCCACCCCGGGAGCAGGAGCCAGGGCCGAGGACCAGGCCCCAGGGGCCGAGCGCACCUUCCACCUCUCGCUGCCCGAUGUGGAACUCUCGCCACCGGCCGUGGGCAGCCACGCCGAGUACCAGGUGGCAGACGGGGAGGGGGAUGCGGGGCACAAACUCAAGGUGCGGCUGCCCAGGUUUGGCCUGGCGAAGGCCAGGGAGGGCGGGGAGGAGGGCGAGAAGGCCAAGAGCCCCAAGCUCAGGCUGCCCCGCGUGGGCUUCGGCCACAGUGAGACAGCCGCCACGGAGGGCUCGCCCAGCCCCGAGGAGGAGCAAGAGGAGGGUGAUGGGGAAGGUGCCUCUGGUCGCAGGGGCCGGGGCAGGGUCCGCUUGCCCCGAGUGGGCCUGGCGGCCCCUCCUAGGACCCCUAGGGGACAGGAUGGGGAGGCAGCAUCCAAGUCCCCUGUCGGGGAGAAGUCACCCAAGUUUCGCUUCCCCAGGGUGUCCCUAAGCCCCAAGGCCAGGAGCGGGAGUGGGGACAGGGAUGAGGGUGGCUUCAGGGUCCGGCUGCCCAGCGUGGGGUUUUCAGAGGCAGGGGCUCCAGGCCCCACCAGGCUGGAGGGGGCUCAGGCUGCUGCCGUCUGAAGUUCUGGGCAGAUCGGGCCGCGCCUGCCGCCUGCGUUCCGGGCCGCCCACCCCAUUUGUGUGUGGAUAACUAGCACUAACCCUGAGACGGAGGGAGGGGGGCCGCGGAGCCGGCAGAGGCUCUGGCAGGUGCCAGGCCAUGUGAAUAAAUAAUCUGAGGUAGCCA